AUGCCUCCAAAGAAGGAAAGAUCCAGAAAGAAGAAGGACCCUAACGCCCCAAAGCGUGCGUUGUCCGCAUACAUGUUCUUUGCCAACGCGCAACGUGACAUCGUGAGAGCAGAGAACCCGGGCAUUGCGUUCGGGCAGAUCGGUAAGCUCCUCGGCGAGAAGUGGAAGUCCAUGGACGCAGAGAAGAGAGAGCCAUACGAAAACAAGGCGGAGGCCGACAAGAAGAGAUACGAGCUCGAGAAGGCCGACUACUUGAAGAGAAAGGAAAACGAAUACUUGGAAAAACACGAAGCCUAA